UCUAAGAAGCCAUGAACCUAUCCAACAUGGCAAAUCUUUGUUUUCAUUUCCCCUUGCUCAUGUUCUCCCUACUUUGUCUCAAGGUUUGUUUCACUUUAUGCCACACCGAUCUUACUAUGAAUGAUGAAUUGGCACUACUUGCUUUCAAGUUUUCUGUCAAGGACCCUUACAAUCACUUGGCUAAUUGGUCCAACUCUUCUUCCAUUUGCAAUUGGGUUGGGGUUAUGUGUGAUGCUCACCAUGUGAGAGUAAUGGCCUUGAAUCUUGGUGAGAUGGGUCUCAAGGGAACUUUGCCCUCAAAAAUUGGGAAUUUGUCUUUCCUAGUUGAACUUGACCUUCAUAGUAAUAACCUUUAUGGUGAGUUGCCAAAGGAGUUGACCCAAUUACACAAGCUGCAAAUUCUCAAUUUGAGCUACAAUGAAUUCAAUGGAGGAAUCCCAACUUGGAUUGGAAGCUUAUUUAUGCUUCAACACUUCCAUCUCCAUAAUAAUAGUUUUGGAGGUUUUAUUCCUAAAAGCAUAUCCAACUUGUCAAAGUUAGAGACUUUGGAUUGGAAUUAUAACUUUAUUGAAGGAGUUAUUCCAUCUGAGAUUGGAAAACUUCAAAGUUUGAAGAUUUUACGGAUUGCAAGAAACAAGCUUUCAGGAAGAAUACCCCUAACUAUUUCUAACUUAUCCUCACUUGAGUUAUUGUCUUUGUCUUUCAACUCCUUAACAGGAGAUAUUCCCAAAGCAAUUGGUGCUCUCACAAACCUGAAAAUACUAUAUCUAGGUGCUAACAAGUUGUCUGGCCAAAUACCAAGGAAUAUUGGAAACUUGACAAAACUUCAACAUCUACAACUGGGUGAAAAUAACAUAAAAGGUGAUAUACCAGAAGGUAUUGGAAAACUGGAUUUGCUUCAAGAGCUAUAUCUUUCUUUUAAUAAUUUACGAGGAGGUAUUCCUGAGCAGAUUGGUAAUCUUAAAAGUCUGAAACUUCUAUAUUUAGGACGUAAUCAGUUUUCUGGCCAAAUAUCAUCUACUAUCUUUAACAUAUCUGAGCUGCAAGAGAUUGAUUUAAGUUGGAAUAAUUUGUUGGGAGGCAUUCCUUCAAAUAUAUGUCAUGGCCUUCCAAAUUUACAAGCUUUGCAUCUUCAAGCCAACAAAUUAUUUGGAGCUAUACCAUCUGGUUGGACACAAUGCAAGCAGCUCAAAGAGUUAACAUUAGAACUCAACUUAUUCACAGGCCAUAUACCCAAAAGCAUCAGGAAUUUGACUAUGCUUCAAUUGCUAAAUCUGUAUUCCAAUAACUUGGAAGGUUUAAUACCUAUGGAAAUAGGCAAUCUUCAUAAGCUUGAAUUCUUAGAAUUGUCAUCUAACAAGUUGAGCGGUUCUAUACCAUUGACCAUUUUUAACAUUUCAACUUUGAAAUUCUUAAACCUUGAAAGCAAUUUUAUAUCUGGCAAUCUUCCAUCAAAAUUUGGGAAUCUCACUAGUUUCUUUGAACUAUCCUUGGGAGAAAACAUAUUGAGAGGAUCAAUUCCAAAAGCAAUUGGUACCUUAUUAGAUCUUCAAUAUUUGAAUCUUGAAGGCAAUGAGCUACAUGGCCUAAUCAUUGAUGAGAUUUGUUAUAUCACAAAGCUUGCCUAUUUAUCUUUAAGUAGAAACAAGUUUUCUGGAGGAAUACCCCCUUGUUUAGCAAAUGUUACCUCUUUACGAGACCUUUACUUAGACUCUAAUAAGUUAAUUUCAAAAAUACCUCCUUCAUUUUGGAAUUUGAAGGAUAUAUUGAGAGUAAACUUAUCUUCCAAUAUUUUAGGUGGAAAUGUAUCAUUGAAGAUUGGAAACUUGAAUGCUCUUGUGUUACUAGAUUUGUCAAGAAAUCAUAUUUCAGGCAUUAUUCCAGCAACUUUGGGUGGCUUGAAGAAUUUGCAAGAUCUUUCCCUAGCACAUAACAAUUUGCAAGGAAAUAUUCCUAAAUCAUUCGGAAAUAUGUUGAGCUUAAUAAAAUUGGACCUUUCUGAUAAUAAUUUAUCUGGGAAGAUUCCUAAAUCUUUGGAGUUACUUAUUUAUCUUAAGUAUGUUAAUCUCUCCUAUAACAAACUCCAAGGAGAGAUUCCAAGUAGAGGAGUUUUUAAAAAUUUGACUCCUGAAUCUUUUAUGAUGAAUCAAGCUCUUUGUGGCAAGCCGCAACUCCAAGUGCCUCCCUGCAAAAAAGAAACAAGAAAAGGAUCAAUGACAAUAUUGCUUUUAUUGAGAUGCAUAUUACCCAUAGUUGUAUCAAUAAUUUUGGUUGUCUUAGGCAUUAUGCUUUUAAGACAUAAACAACAACAAAAUUCAAGGGGUCUAGUUGAAAGGGAACUAUCAACUUUAGGAGUGCCGAGAAGAAUUUCUUAUUUUGAAAUCCAAGAAGCAACCAAUAGAUUUGAUGAGAGUAGCAUACUUGGAAGGGGUAGUUAUGGUUCUGUGUUUAAAGGAACGCUUUCCAAUGGAAUGAUCGUUGCAGUUAAGAUCUUCAAUUGUGAUUCACAAGUAAUGUUAAGGAGCUUUGAAAAGGAAUGUGACAUAUUAUGUAAUGCACGCCAUCGCAAUUUGGUGAAGGUUAUAAGCUGUUGUUCGAAUGUUGAUUUCAAAUCUUUGGUAAUGGAGUUCAUGCCCAAUGGGAGUCUGGAAAGAUGGUUAUAUUCUUACAACUAUUUUUUAGAUUUUCUUCAAAGGUUGAAUAUAAUGAUAAAUGUUGCAACUGCUUUAGAAUAUCUCCAUCAUGGCUUGUUAACACCAAUUGUUCAUUGUGAUUUAAAGCCAAGCAACAUUUUAUUGGAUGAUGAAAUGGUUGCUCAUGUGAGUGACUUUGGAAUUUCUAAACUUUUAGAUAAAGAGGAAUCUAAGAUAUUCACAGAGACAAUACCUACUAUUGGCUAUGUGGCACCUGAGUAUGGAUCUUCUGGAGUUGUUUCAACAAAAAUAGAUGUGUAUAGCUAUGGAAUCAUGCUAUUAGAGGUGUUUACAAGAAAAAGGCCAACAGAAGAUAUGUUUGUGUCAGGAUUGAGGUUAAAGAGUUGGGUAAGUGAGUCAAUGCCUCAUGCAAUAAUUCAAGUCAUGGAUUCCAAUUUAUUGCAAGGAGAUGAACAUCAUAUAAAUAAUAUAUUGACAUCUACAUCCUCUAUUCUUGAAUUGGCCUUGAAUUGUUGCACUGAUCUUCCAAAAGCACGUGGCAAUAUGAUUGAUGUUGUAGUAUCAUUGAACAAGAUCAAAGGGAUGUUUUUGCAUAGGCAACAGCAUCACGUUUAGAUUAUCAUUGAUUUUCUUACAAUUUGUGGCGUUAAUUGUUCUCCCUUUUUUCAUUUUAUACUUUCAGAAUAUGUUAGACUUAUUGUU